UGCCGUCUCUUGUGGUAAUCAAGCUGUUGGAGAAUCCGCAACAUUUAACUCAGCUGUGCUACAAGUGCUAAUGAAUCUGCAGACAACAACACCCAAAAAACAAGGGUUUUUUGCAGCCACAAAGAUAGAAUUGCCUAAUAAUGGUACAACUAUUUACGCCUUUGCUCAAUGCAUUGAAACUAUCACUCAGAAUGGAUGCUUCGAAUGCUUGAAGACUGGCUAUCACAAUAUGCCAACUUGUCUUCCCAAUUCGGAUGGCAGGGCUUAUGCUGAUGGCUGCUUCAUCAGAUACUCCAACUCUUCCUUCUUUCCUGAUAAUUACCAGAUGAUUGAAAUCAUCACUAAUUCUUCUGUAGGCAAACAAGGUUCAAGGAAAAAAGGGGCUGUUAUCGGUGGAGUUGUUGGAGGGGUUACUCUUAUUUUGAUCCUCCUUUUAUUAUCUACCUGUUUUAUUAGACGAUCAAAAAGCUCUAAGAGAAUUCACAGAGGGGACGUAAUUACAGCAACUAUGCUGAAAGGCCUAGUUUCUUACUGUUAUAAGGAUUUGAAGUUUGCAACUCAGAAUUUUAGUGAAGAAACUAAACUAGGAGAAGGAGGAUUUGGUGCCGUAUACAAGGGCACUCUAGGAGAUGGCAAAGUAGUUGCAGUCAAGAAGUUAACUUUACAACAUUCCAGAAAGACGGAGGAAGAUUUUUUCAGUGAAGUGAUGCUUCUAAGCGACGUUCACCAUCCGAAUCUCGUUCAACUUUUGGGAUGGUGUUGUGAAGGCCAUGUCAGAAUCCUUGUAUAUGAAUACAUGAAAAACAACAGUCUGGACAGAUUUUUAUUUGGUGAAAGGAAAGGUUAUCUCGACUGGAAGCAACGAUAUGAUAUAAUUUUGGGAAUAGCAAGAGGUUUGACUUAUCUCCACGAGGAAUCUCAUCUUCGUAUUAUACAUAGAGAUAUAAAGACUAAUAACAUUCUCUUAGAUGACGAUCUACAAUCUAGAAUUGCUGAUUUUGGGUUGGCAAGACUUUUACCUGAAGACAAAUCUCAUCUUAGUACAAAAUUUACAGGAACAUUGGGGUACACAGCACCAGAGUAUAUAAUCCAUGGUCAAUUAUCAGAGAAGGCCGAUGUCUAUAGCUAUGGUAUUGUAGUCCUUGAAAUUAUUAGUGGCCAAAAAAGCAAAGCAUUAGAGGAUGAUGGCGACAAUGAAAACGAGUUCCUCCCUCUAAAUGCUUGGAAACUAUAUGAGAGAGGCAUGCACUUGGAUUUGGUGGACAAAACCUUAGACCCAAAUGACUAUGAUGCAGAAGAAGUGAAGAAAAUCAUAGAGAUUGCUUUGCUUUGCACCCAAGGAUUUGCUGACUUAAGGCCAACAAUGUCUGAAAUAAUUGGUUUGCUCCAAAGCAAGGGCUUGCUAGAGCAUAUGAUUCCCACUAUGCCUGUCUUAAUUGUAACUAAUUAGGGGCUAAUAUUAAUCUUUACCUCUUCAUAUAUAUACUAAACCAGCAAGAUGAUGUAUUUUACAGGAAUGGGCACUUAUGAGUGACUUCGAGUUUGGAA